AAAAAUCGUAAACGUAAAACGGAACGCCUGAAGAAUGGUGGUUUGGUUUAUCGGCUUUAGCUGCCUAGUUUCAAGUUAAUUAAUAAAAAAAAACUUGUUGUGUUAUUAGGACGUAGUGUGUAUUGUGUAGCGAAGACGUGGUCAGUGGCUUAAACUUUGUAGUGCACGAGGAAUAUGGGUAUAGAAAACAUGCGUCGCUGGCCAAUGUAUAUUAUUUUUGCUGUAUCCAUUUUACUUACCCUUUCACUAUUGAACAGUUGGAAUGUGGAGACCGAAUUACAAAACCGCUUAACUGAGCUCAGCAUGCAGUUGCAGGAAUGUGCACGACAGCAGGCAUCGUGCAGGGAGGAAUCGUUAAGGUACCAAGAACAACGUGAUAUGUACAGUUCAAAAGUAAACAAUUUGGAGAAUUCAAGAAAUAGGAUGACGAACAACUUAACCGAGUAUAUGUCUAAAGCAAUGAAAUCUGAGAUCCAGAUCAACAGAACAUUAGUUGAUGUUGAGCUUUGUAAAACUGAGUUGCAGUCUUUGAAAAACUUACAAAUGAGCAAAACUGCUACUUUAGAAACUUUACGAUUAGAGAAAGAGACUUUGACCACACAAUUGGAGGAACGAAAGAAAAAGAUUGACGAACUAGAAAGAGAGAUAAUUAAGUUGAAAAUUUCUAUGACUACUAAAAGUGCUCCGAAUCCAUCUGUUUCAUCAAGAGUAACUCCAGCCGCUCAACCUCCUAAGCUAAGCCCAGCUUUAAACGCAAAUAUGCCAGUAAUAGAGAAUAAUGCUAAGGAGGAAAUGGAGGACCCUAGUGCCCUAAAUGAUGUUGAUAAUUUUGAACAACAGUAAUUAAUUUGUAAGGGGACCACGGUUAGUAUAAGAAUCAAGUUAAGAUGGAUAAGGUGACAAUUAGGACAUUGUGUCUGUUCAGAGG